GUAAACAAAAAUCCGAAUUGUUUGGAUUUCAUCAUCUCUGGACCUUCAACAGCAUACAAGUCUCUUUCAAGGUCCGUGACAACAAUCUAAGGUCUACUUCUCUGCUCGAGUCGGAACUGGGCGCACAAAAAAUUGCCAGAUCAGGCUGUUUGUUUGCACGUCUCUUGAAGCCACGAUGACCUCCUUCAUUACUACAGUUAAUCAGCGGACGAGAAAUCAGUUCAGACCCCGCAAUGCCACGAAGGGUACCUCGAGUUACCAGCUACGACAAUAUGCAGAGGCUACACUCGGUGGAGGCAGUCUGCGCAAGAUUGUAAAGCUGCCAGAAGGCGAGGACGAGAAUGAAUGGUUGGCAGUCAACAUGGUGGACUUCUACAAUCAUAUCAAUCUCCUUUACGGCUCAAUUACAGAAUUCUGUUCCCCUCAAUCAUGCCCUGAGAUGAAAGCAACCGACGAGUUUGAGUAUCUCUGGCAAGAUUCUGAAAACUACAAAAGACCUACCAAGAUGCCAGCACCAACAUAUAUUGAGCAUCUGAUGGGCUGGGUUCAGAGCAAUAUUGACAAUGAAGCUGUGUUCCCCAGUCGUAUUGGUGUCCCAUUCCCGAAAUCCUUCCCAAGUAUGAUCCGUCAAGUAUUCAAGAGGAUGUAUCGUGUGUAUGCUCACAUAUACUGCCAUCACUAUCCUGUCAUCCGUGAGCUUGGUCUGGAGGCUCAUCUGAACACUAGCUUCAAGCACUACGUCCUUUUCAUUGACGAACACAGCCUCGCUAGCGGCAAGGACUUCUGGGGACCUCUUGGCGACUUGGUGGACAGUAUGCUCAGAAGCGAUUGAAGUAUCUUAUGGCUGGAUGAAAUUACAAUGAGCAUGGGCAUGGCGUCUGGUGUUGGUUGAUUGCAGGAGUCUUUGAGGAGCGGAAUCUAAUGCCCUAGAGGAUGGUUCAUGGUGGAAGGCAACUCGCGAAGGGCGUACUCGGAAUAGCACGAAAUUAAAGCGGUAGCUGAAGCUGAAGCUUCAUCACGAACUUUAUGAGAGAGUGAGUGUUAUGGUUACCAUACCUUAAACAUUUGAGCCAAUAGUGAUAAACUAAGACCUC